CCCCGCCCCCGCCGCGCCUGGCCGAGGCGAGCGGAGCCGCGGGCGCUGCGGGCGGACAAGAUGGCGGCGCCGGGCGAGUACUUCAGCGUGGGCAGCCAGGUGUCCUGCCGCACCUGCCAGGAGCAGCGCCUCCAGGGCGAGGUCGUCGCCUUCGACUACCCCAGCAAGAUGCUGGCGCUCAAAUGCCCCUCUUCCAGUGGCAAGCCCAACCACGCAGACAUCCUGCUCGUAAACUUACAGUACGUGUCAGAAGUGGAAAUAAUCAAUGACCGCACGGAAACGCCUCCCCCUUUAGCCUCCCUCAACGUCAGCAAGCUUGCCAACAAAGCACGGACGGAGAAGGAGGAGAAGAUGAGCCAGGCAUAUGCAAUUAGUGCUGGUGUCUCUCUGGAGGGGCAGCAGCUCUUCCAGACCAUCCAUAAGACCAUUAAAGACUGUAAAUGGCAGGAGAAGAACAUAGUUGUGAUGGAAGAAGUCGUCAUUGCCCCUCCGUACCAGGUGGAAAACUGUAAAGGCAAAGAGGGAAGCGCCCUGAGCCACGUACGCAAAAUAGUGGAGAAACACUUCAGGGACGUGGAGAGCCAGAAGGUCCUGCAGCGUUCACAAGCACAGCAGACACAGAAGGACACGUCCCUCUCAUCCUGAGGCCACCUCGGGCUCACCCCGUCCCCGUGUCCCCUCCCCGGAGGUGGCACUGGGGGCACCUUCAACUUUUAUUUCCUUUUUUUUUUUUUUUUUUUUUUUUUUUUUCUCUUGGGAAUCUCAACCAAUUCCAAACUUUAGACUUUAAAACAAACGAGAAAAGAAAAAAGAAUAAUUUAAAGCUCCUCACGCAUUACUUGACUAACAGACUUUGUUUUUCCGCCAUGGUUUCUCCCUCCAGCCAGUCAGACUCUGUUAAUUUUAUUUUUUGGCCUUUUUUUUUUUUCCUUUUCCUCCCAAUUCCUGCUUCCCUCUUCCCCCAAAUGCCCCCCAGAAAAUAAAGCUAACGAGCUGACUGUGGUGGCCCACCCGGGACCCUUGUGACCUACGUGGUCUCGUUUUAAUUUUGUUUGCACAGGGCAAGGCUUGAAUUAGUCUUAUUUUUCUUAUCUUUAAAUAUAUAUAUGAAUAUAUAUUAAAAUGUUCUUUAAAUAUUUGUCUGCUUCUAGCAGGGUCGUGG